UCCCUAGGGAUAAUUAUUUUGAGGUAAUAAUUAUCUUUAAGAUCUCUCGAGAUUGAUUGGGUUGAUCCAAGGUUGUACUGGAUUAGUGGGCCUAUAGCUUGAAAUAAGAGGGUUUGGAAUGGGGGCUAAUGAGCUCAAGGUUUUUUGGGCUUCACUUUAGCCAAAAAUUUACCCACUGAAGGGCUAGUGUGUAGGUAGUGCAAAGAGCAUAGCUCAUUUAUCUACCCAGGUGAAGCCCAUGGUUAACCUGCGUCUGCGAAUGAAUCUAUAUGUUUGAAUGCACAAGAAUAGAAACGACAAUUGACUCAAGAGACAAGUGUUCAGGUUCAAGUGCGGACCUAGAACCCUAACCAAUAAGAGAGGAAGAAGGCGGUUUUGUCUAUACCCACUCAUAUGCGCAUGUCCAAGAACUCUUGAUGGCUCAAGAGAGAAGGAUUGAAAGUGUUUGGACGGCGCCGCGUGUAUGCGUACUUGCAUGGUUUGAGAUAGGAAAACAUAAAACAGUUGACAGGCCCGUAACUAAGCGCGUACCUGAAUGUUUGCACAAGAGAAUAAGGGUUGACGGGGCAGCGGCUAAGCGCGUACCCGAUCGUCGAGACGCUUUAAGAAGAUAGAAGAAGGUUUGACGGGCCUGCGACUACGCGUGUACCGAUCGUUUGGACGAGAAAACUUUAAGUUGUAGCCGCGCGAUGGCGCGGACUCAAGAAUUUAGUGGAGGAAGCCGGAGCGACACGUGACGGGGCCACGGGUUGAUGCGCAUACGAAAAGACACCCAUAUAAGGAGAGAGAGAGUUUUAACCCGAGGUAAUUUGGGCUUUUUACUUCUUCAUUCUUACCACCUCCAUUUUUGCACCUGAGAUGUAGCAAAAUCAAUAGAUUUCAUCAAGAAGAGCAUAUUGGCAAGCCAUGGCUAGCACGGGUUAUGCUGCUCCUCAAGUGGAAAUACUUGAUGUAAACCAGCUGCCUCAUGCUGGGGAGUUGGAAGCCAACUCUUAUACUGAUGCCUCCUUCACCAGGUCUACCACCCUUGGUAUUUUUGAAUCGACCUAGUCAUUAGAAUGGCCCCUGAGCAUCACUUACGUUGGGGAGGAUUCUCGACUGUACCGAUAUGAGGAUGUUGACGGGGAACCUAUAGUCGAAGGAGACGAUAUCCUCAUCUAUCACGCUCUUCACAUGAAUUUUGAUUCUAGUGAAAAUCUUCCUACACUGGGGAAGAGGAUGUUAGAGAAGCCCGGACUCCAUUGGGCCACUGGUGGGCUCCAUUUUGAGGGAGAGCAUCAGUACAUGAGUGGAUACAACACUUGAACAUUUGAUGUCCUUGAGUCACACGCUGAGGUCUUGAAGGCAUGUGGCUUGGCUGCAGCAUACUAAUGCUGCUACGAUCGAUGUCCCAACACUAUUAAGGCUUUGUUGGAGACAUGGUGUUAAAGAACUAUUAGCUGGCAUUUUGAUGGGGGUGAACCAGGGAUCACCCUUUUGGAUAUGUAUUUUAUUGGCGAACUGCCUAUGCUAGGAGGCAUGUACAAAUAAUUCAUACCGGACAAUGAAGUAAUUUUUGGAUACUUGCCGAUCAAUUACGAGCUGCCCCCUCCUGGUCUCCGUGAGUUGUUUGAGAUUUACCAACUCUUGCACUUGGAGACCAAGCUUAAGUCCAAGGGAGUGCAUUUUGACGCUUGGAUGGAUUACUUACAUGGAAACUGCCAAGAUAUAGGGGAAACGACUUCUAGCACCAUCUGGGAUGAAGAACAAAGAGCGGACGCAAUCAAGGAUUCCAAGAGGCCUAUUGUUCCCCCUAGAAGACUUGAGAGGAACCGUGUAUAGUUGGCCGCUUAUUUGACCCUCUUGUUGUGCAAGUUUGCUCUACCAGGGUCGAUAAGCAACAUCAUUCGACCAAGCUGUUUCUUUGUGGCCUGCAAGCUAGCCCAAGGGCGUGAAUAUGUCGUAGCUCAACUAGUUCUCCGUAGCAUUUAUCAUAGCCUGGGGGCUAUUAUGCGUGGUAAGGCUCUCUCAAGAGACAACAUGAGCGAAUCCUUUGCUGGCGUGGUCUUGCCUGGACGUUUUUCAACUGGCUUCCCAGUUCAUUAUGUCUUCGGCUGGCUCUAUGCCUAUUUUCCUGAGAAGGGAACUGAACCCUACACCCCUAGGGCAUAUGAAAUAAAUGAGAGUCUUGCUGGGGUACUCUGGCCCUCACAUGCUAAGGAUUGCAGGGAUGAAGGCGUCCUUUAGAUGGCCAAGGGAAGCUCGUAAGUUUUUGGCUAAAAUUUCUUUCUUCUCUCGUGGGAGCCCCUUUCCUGGAGGCGGUCCCACUUAUCAAGUCUAUGUAGAUGCUUUUGGCGAGAUUUUUGACGGUUGUACCACUGAAGCCAAGGAGGUUAAUGUAUCUCCUAAGUAUGAGAGGUUGUAUCCUGCGUUACAGGGGAGUCGAGGACAAGAAAUUGGAAGGCUACUUCCUCUACAGGUUUGCACGCCAACAUGGCUUGGAUCAGGGGUUCAAUUUCAUCGUGCUUUUCGAGAAGAAGUACGGGAAAACCGAGCGCAACAAGACCAUGAGGCUCCUGGGGGUAGUCGCGAGUGCUGGAUCGAUAUCAAUAUGAGGAUGGUUUGGGUGGCCUGUCUUGGUCUCACUGGUCUGAGCAAAUUCAUGAUCUCUCAUUAUGGUGGUGCAGGGGGACUGGACCAUCCAUGGAAGGUUGUCAACAGUGCUAAACAUGACAGCAGAGUUGGGGAACACUUUGCUCCCCCAUCGUUCCCUAGGGUUUAUGAGCUAGAUUACCCUGAUGAGUGGAGAGAACUUGUCAGACCCCGGUUCUUGAAUUUGGACAUUACUGGCAUGGAUUACCUUUCACUGGAAGGUGAAACAAGGUCCUUGUUCGAUGACCUUUGUUCCAUCUUUGAGUGGGCCAAGGGGCGUUAAGUCCCUGGUCAUGAAGGCCAUCUAGUUCAAGACUUGAAUGCUUUGAUAGGAAGUGGGCCUCAUUCUGCUCUAGCUGCCAGACCCCGCCGUGGCAAGAAAGCCCAAGAUGUCCCUCAAGUCAUCCCAGAAGAAGGGGCGAAGAAGAAAGGGGGUAGAAGAAAGAAAGCUGCAACAAGUUCUGAACCCAGCAUGGUUACAGAACCUAUAGUCACAAAGAAGGGUACUCGUCUGAGUAAGAGGGCUGCAUCAAGCCCAAGUGCACCUCCCUUAACUCCACCUACUUUGAGAAAGGGGACCGAUGCGCCUCCCCGGCUUGAGAAACGAGCAAAGACCCAGACCUCUACAAGCUCUAUUUUGCCAUCAGUAGUGGCGAACCCUGCUCAAGAAGUCAUUGCUGAAACUAACGCGGCUCAAACGAGUGCACCUGAUCGUGGAUCAGAGAACAUUCCCCCUCCUUCAGUAGAGAUAGAGGCAUAUCCUACUGAAAAUAUUAUUGAGGGUGUUUCGGUGCCAUCUCCUUCUCGUUCCUCUUUGAGUCAGGGAGAUUUCUUCUGCACCAUUACCGAGGAGGGGGAUAUUCUUGAAGCUGAAAUCAUUGAAGAAGUUGUCAUUCUUGCAGCCUCUGGCCCUGUCACCUCAGAAGUAGAGCCUCGACCUGCUGCCUCUUCCAUUGCUAGAUUGGAGCUUAUAGCAGUUGCUGCUUCAGAGGCAUCUUCUUUAAUGCCUUGAGCGGAAGGGUUUUUAUCUGAGCCCGUCAUCCUUCCUAGUGAGUCUUUAGCUCUUAUGCCACAUGAACCAGCUGUCAUCACUGAGGUUCCUAUUCAUGUCUCAACGGAUUCCUCUCUUGCGACCUCCUUGGCCUCGACUAGAAAAGCUUCACUUGUAAGAAACUUGUUGCAAUCGAGUCUCCAGGGAGUGAAGGAGUGCUCCCUCUCCAAUCUGGCAGUCAAGAUAGGUCUAGUUAAGGAAUGUGCGGCUACCUUGAGACUAUUUCAUUAUGAUAAGGAGACCUUUGAUAGGUUCAAAGGUCUUACGAAGAAUCUUGUACAAUGGGGGAUGGAAGCCUUUCGGUGUGAGUCUGAGAUAAAAACAACAUAUAAGGCUCAUUUGGCUUCUGCGGAGGAGACUUUAGCCUGACAUCAAAGUCUUAUAAGAGGCUAUGAAGAGGAGAAGAGCAUCCUCCUUUCCAACCAGGCUCGUCUUAAGAAAGAAGAUAAAAUAUACUCUGCGGAAAUUAUAGCUUUGGAAGAAGAAAAGGCCAGAUUGGAUGCCGAUAUCAAUAAGCUGAAGACCCAGCAAGAGAAAAGGAGAGCAUAGGUUCAAAGCCAAUCCCAGGAAUUGGAGACUUUGGACUCCAAGGUAGUUGUGACCAAAACCAUGUCAAGCCAAGUCACUCAUACAAUCUCCCUCCUGAAGGAGCAGAUGGAGAAGGACCUGAAGUCGUCGGCAGCACUAAAGACCAAAAUUCAUGAGGCCCUCGAAAACUUCUAGGGGUCCAUGGAUUCUUCACUCUUUUCUGCCUUUUUCUACCUUAUUUUCAUUCCUUAUGUAGAUAACUGAUGACUUUAACCAUAGUUUUUUUUUGUAACCUUUGAAUUGCACAUAGAAUGAAA